AUGAAUCAUAAUUCGACCCGAAAGAAGUCGAAUGUCCAGGAAUCAUCUGGGAUUACCCACCUUAGCAAUGACUUAUGUGGUUCAGCAACUACGCAGGAGAAGGAACGGUGGAAUGGUUUCUGUGAAAUAGAAUCCGAGCCAGCUCUAUUCAAUGUAAUGCUUCGGGAAUUUGGCGUCGAGGGAGUAAAGGUCCAAGAGGUUGUGUCCUUGGAUGAGGAUAUGAUGGCAGGCUUAAGCAAGCCUGUUUACGGGUUGGUAUUCUUGUUUCGGUGGCGCGAGGAUGAUCCCAACAAGCAGGAAGCGAGCUGUCCCGAAGGGCUUUGGUUUGCGAAUCAGACAGCAAGUAAUGCUUGCGCGAGUGUUGCUCUCCUGAACAUUGUCAACAACAUCGAAGGAAUCGAGCUUGGCGAGAAUCUGCAGCAUUUCAAAGAAUUUACAAUGCCCUUUACGCCUGCAUUAAGGGGCGAUGCCAUCAACAAUUUCGAGUUCGUCAAGCAAAUCCACAACUCAUUUGCGCGUAAAAUGGAUAUUCUCAAUUCCGACCUUAUGCUCAAAAGUGAAGCGACUUCCAAACGAUCGCGCUCAGCUAAACACACUAAGGAUGAAUCCGAAACGGAUGCAGGAUUUCAUUUUAUUGCAUUUGUGCCCGCCCUGGGAACAGUAUGGAAGUUCGAUGGCCUCGAGCGCCAGCCCCAUGCGCUUGGGAAGUACACGUCGCACACGGAUUGGUUAGACCUGGUGAAGCCCAACAUUCGCACCAGAAUGGAAGAAUACGAAGAAGGACAGAUUGAGUUUUCAAUUCUGAGUCUUGCCAAAGAUCCGCUUCUUGAUCUUGUAGACCGAUUAGCUACCAAUGUGAGACAUCUGGAAUCAGUUAACCAGCGCCUGAUCUCUUCCCAGCAGGGAGGAACGGGCUUCGACUCGGCGUUGGAGGACCGUCUUCAAAACGCGGUUCUUGGACCCGACGAAACCUAUGGUCUAACCAGGGAGCGCAUCGACCAAGCCAAGAUUCCUGCAGAGCGGGAGGCUGAGUACGAUACCUACUCCAUCCAGGACCUGGCUGAGCAUCAGGGGCAGCUGGCGGCUGAACAACAAUUCCUCCGAGCUGCAAUCCGUGAAGAGCAACAGGCCCUCCAAGCCGAUGCCGAUUACGUGGCGGGGAGAAGAUAUGACUACGGGCCCGCUGUCAGGGCGUGGGUGCGCUCCUUGGCCCGGAAAAAGGUCCUUGAGGACUUAAUCUGA